AUGGGUGACUACUCGAAAGCACUGGAAUUUUACGAAAAGGCAUAUCAAAUAAAAGAAAACGUUCUGCCUCCGAAUCAUCCCGAUUUGGCUGCUUCCUACAACAAUAUCGGUGCAGCAUAUAACGACAUGGGGGACUACUCGAAAGCACUGGAAUUUUACGAAAAAGCACAUCAAAUAAAAGAAAAAGUUCUGCCUCCGAAUCAUCCCGAUUUGGCUAUUUCCUACAACAAUAUCGGUGCAGUAUAUAACGCCAUGGGUGACUACUCGAAAGCACUUGAAUUUUACGAAAAAGCACAUCAAAUAAAAGAAAAAGCUCUCUCUCCGAAUUAUCCUGAUUUGGCUUUUUCCUACAACAACAUCGGGGUCGAAUAUAACAACAUGGGUGACUACACGAAAGCAUUGGAAUUUUACGAAAAAGCACUUAAAAUAAGAAAAAAAGCUCUGCCUCCAAAUCAUCCCGAUUUGGCUUCUUCUUACUCCGAUAUCGCUCAAGUGUAUAACAACAUGGGUGACUACUCGAAAGCACUGGAAUUUUUCGAAAGAGCACUUAAAAUAAGAGAAAAAGCUCUGCCUCCAAAUCAUCCUCAUUUGGCUAAUUCCUACAACAACAUCGGUGUCGCAUAUAACGACAUGGGUGACUACUCGAAAGCACUGGAAUUUUACGAAAAAGCACUUAAAAUAGAAGAAGAAGUUCUGCCUCCGAAUCAUCCCAAUUUGGCUUCUUCCUACUCAUGUAUCGGUGGAGUCUACAACACCAUGGGUGACUACUCGAAAGCACUGGAAUUUUUCGAAAAAGCACUUAAAAUAAGAGAAAAAGCUCUGCCUCGGAAUCAUCCCAAUUUCGCUUCUUCUUACUCCUGUAUCGGUGGAGUCUACAACACCAUGGGUGACUACUCAAAAGCACUGGAAUUUUACGAAAAAGCACAUAAAAUCUUCGAAAAAGCUCUGCCUCCGAAUCAUCCCAAUUUGGCUUCUUCUUACUCCUGUAUCGGUGAAGUCUACAACACCAUGGGUGACUACUCGAAAGCACUGGAAUUUUAUGAAAAAGGACAUAAAAUCUUCGCAAAAGUUCUGCCUCCGAAUCAUCCCAUUUUCGCGUCUUCUUACUCCUGUAUCGGUGGAGUCUACAACACCAUGGGUGACUACUCGAAAGCACUGGAAUCUUACGAAAAAGCACUUAAAAUAAGAGAAAAAGCUCUGCCUUCGAAUCAUCCCGACUUGGCUACUUCCUACAACAACAUCGGUACCGUGUAUUACAACAUGGGUGACUACUCGAAAGCACUUGAAUUUUUCAAAAAAUCACAUGAAGUCUUCCAAGAAACUCUACCUGCGAAUCAUCCAAUUUUGGCUUAUCCAUUCAAAUGGUUCGGGAAGAUUUAUCGCAGUAUGAAAGAUUAUCCAACAGCACUUGAGAAUUUCGAAAAGUGUCUCUCAAUACGUCAAAAAGCUUUAUCUGAAAAUCAUCCAGAUAAAGCUACUACAUAUAGUGACAUUGGUGAUGUUCAUCGAUUAAUGGAUGAUUAUGAAAAGGCAUUGUUAUUUCAUAGAAAAGCAUUAAAUAUUCAAGAAAAUGUUCAAUGUAAUCCUCUCGAAUGUGCAACAACAUAUAUAAAUUUAGGUGAAACUUAUCGAGAAAUGAAAGAUUAUUCAACAGCAUUGACAUAUUUUCAAAAAGGAUUAGAAAUACGUCAGAAGAAAUUACCAAAAGAUCAUCCUGAUUUAGCUGUUGUAUAUCAUAAUAUGGCAAAAUUAUAUUUAUCUACUCGACAAUAUAAUAUGGCAAUGAAAAAUAUUCAACAAACAAUUGAAAUUGCACAAGAAAAAUUACCUUCAACUCAUCCUCAUCUUUUGGACUAUAAAGAAACAUUUGAAAAUAUUAGAAAGAAAAUGUAA